AUGGUACCGAGUCACAGAUCCGCUUCCCAGCUAUGGGCUAUUGCUCGGCGGAAGCUCUUCACUCGGCGAGAACCCAGGAGCAGCGAGCAUGAUCACCCACAACACCGUUCCUUCAAUUCUGUUUCCUCUUCUUCCUUCAGCGAGCACACUGACGGCUUCUACAAGUACUCGUUGGAAGUUCUACAACAGAGUGACGAAGAAUACAGAGAUACGGUUGAGAGCAUGGGACUGCGGUCUUCGGACAGCACAGGGAUGUCGUACACGUCAGCUCGAACGGCCCCUGCCGAAUUUCCUUUUUCGCCUUACGCUGUUGGUGCUGUCGAAUGGAAUACUGUCACGGGGUAUCUCGAGAAUCUGGAUGAUGCGCAGGGCUAUGAUGUUUCGUCCUGGAGAAACAGUGUGCUGGCUGUAUACGUGAAGGUGUACACCGUCGCUAAAGUGGUCUUCAUGUGCUUCAUCCACUACGGCGUUGAACUGGAUGGAUUUCAGGGCGGCCUAAUGGUUUGCAUCAGGGACGCAGAAGAUGCCAUCGCGUCCAAGAAGAUCGCUCCAUUGGUUGAAUGCGUUGAGAAAUUGUACCACGCCCUUUACGCGAGGCUUCUGAUGGAGCUUGUCAUGGUCGACCUAUGCUCUUGCUUCAGUAUCGAGGUAACACGCGUUUCUUCGCAUAACAACUUCAUGCUCCCUGAGCCACGCCACUUGUACAACAUAUUCUUGACUUGCAAGCAGAUCCUCGACAGCCCGACUGUCUGCAAGAUCUUUAACAAAGAAUCUGUUCGGAACUAUCAGACUACUUUAGUCCACCGCGCUGUGACAAAGGUCAACAGCAUGCCGUUCGCCUUGGACGAUCUCAUCGGAUAUCGGAGAUUUACCCUUGGGAUUAUCGACAACCCGGAUUCUUCAUUUCGCCAGAAGUGGGCUGGGAGUGGCCUGAUCUACCAUAUGCCACCGCCAAAGGUCCUUAUCGUUCAUUCCGAGAGAUACAUGUCCUUCACACCGAGAAACACUUAUCAGUUUAUGAUCCCCCAGCAGCCCCUCCCUUUCAUUCAGCGACACAAUGUCGACCCAGCAUUCACGGAAAGGGCACGUACUUCGGAUCACCGGCAGGCCGCACUAGCCAUGCUUGAAGGCAAGACUGUGGGUGUUCUCCGCAACCAGGGCACCAUGCAGCAGCUGAUCGAAUACGCCAAACGGAGAAAUUGCGGCCAGGAUUGUACCCAGGAUCCGGACCGUCUCUGCCCCUGCGCGGAGUGGAAUAUGAUCCUGUUACUGAGUCAGGUUAACGCAAACCGUGGGACUCUUGGGAUUCGCGACCGGUGCACGGUUCUUUCGAAGGCCGUGUUCCAAGAGCUUUCUUCCAUCCGGGAAGAUGUUGACGUCUUUGGUUGGUCAGAAAGUUGGCCGUGGUUCGCAAGUCGGCAAGAUUUUCAUUUGGCUCUGGCCAAAAUCCAGCUUCCCGAGAAAAAGAGUCUUUCAAUCUCUGGGAAACUUUUAGCGGGCAUGGUGCCCAAGACUCUUGUUGUUAGUUCGACAGGUUGUUUAUCAUUCUUCUCCUCAAUUACUCCUCUCGCUUCGCCGGUAGUAAUUAGACGCAGCCCACUGUGGAGCGCUCAUUCCGGGGUCCCCAGCAGCAUCUGGGUGCGACGAUAUCGCGCCGUCUGGCCUUCCUACGGCAUCACCACCCCCAUCCCGGAUCCUAAUCCACAGUUCCCCAUCUCCCGCUCGCCUUUCUGCUUCCAGACAGGCUAUGCGCUCUGCGCCAAACGGCCCUCGCGUCCCUUCCCCCCACCGUUCCUGUCUCCGCCCUCUUCCUCCUUUUCCGACCCGCUGACCACCCACUACCUGAGUCAGGAUAAGAGAUUAUCCGUCCGGGGGGAUCUGGUCCGCGGCCUGAACAACGGCGACGAUGCUGUUUUAGUGGCGGAGAAUUACCUCGCCGUGAACGAUGGGGUCGGGGCGUGGGCAACCAAGCCGAGAGGUCAUGCUGCGCUUUGGUCUAGACUGCUCCUCCAUUACUGGGCCCUGGAACUUGAACGAGAGCCCAAUGGCCAGUCCGAGUUAGAUCCUAUUGGCUAUCUUCAACGCGCAUACGAGGAAACCAUUCGAGCAACGACCUCCCCAGGUGAAUGGCUGGGAACUACCACAUCGGUCACAGCAAUACUGCAUUGGAAGCGCGAUGCUACGGGAAGCAUACGGCCCUUGCUCUACGUGACCAAUAUAGGUGACUGCAAGAUCUUUGUCAUCCGGCCUAGCGAGAAGAGAGUCCUCUUUCGGACCAAGGAACAAUGGCAUUGGUUCGACUGUCCUAUGCAGCUGGGCACCAACAGCGUCGAUACUCCCCGGAAGGAUGCCGUCCUUUCCUUGAUUGAUGUGCAGGAGGAUGACCUCGUGGUGGCCGUGUCAGAUGGUAUCGUGGACAAUCUGUGGGAGCAUGAGAUCCUGACGAUCAUCCUGGAUAGUCUAGAGAAGUGGCAGCAAGGACGUCAUGAAGACAAGGACUCGGAGUGGGCCCCUCCGGCUGUGAUGGCGGAUGAGCAGAUGGUGUUUAUAGCGAGGGAGCUGCUCAAAUCUGCUCUGGAGAUUGCUCAGGAUCCCUUUGCGGAGAGUCCGUACAUGGAGAAGGCGGUGGAUGAAGGACUGGCCGUGCAGGGUGGGAAAAUGGACGAUAUCAGUGUGGUAAUCGGCUCUUGCAGGAGGAGGACGACCGACGACCAGACAGUCAAGAUGAGGGCCAAGCGAUCCAAGAAGUACCGCAAGCUCAUGCACCAGUAUGAGCUUACGUUCGGGUUCCGUGAGCCGUAUCAGGUUCUGGUUGACUCCAAUUUCCUCCGCGCCGUUCACUCUUUCAAAAUGGACUUGAUCCCCGCUCUGGAGCGCACUCUUCAAGGCAAACCCAAGCCUCUCCUCACAAAAUGCUCCCUCGCCGCAAUAAUGGCCUCCCAACCCAUCAACCCUAAGACCAACAACCCCUACCGCCCCGACCACCUCCCCCCACCCACCACUCUCCCUCUCCGCCACUGCUCCCACAACGCCGACUCGACCCCCAUCGACGAAGUCGAGUGCCUGCUCUCCCUCCUUUCCCCCUCCGCCGACAGCAAAAAGAACAAGGAACAUUACAUCCUCGCGACGGCGGACCCGCACAACGCCAAGGACAAGUCCGCGACGGACAACUCGACCGCGGGACGGAAACGCAAGCGCGACGCAGAGGAUAAGGCCGAGGCGGCGCUUCGGAAGUCGAGGUUGCUGCGGCGUCAGGCUCGGUCAAUUCCCGGUGUGCCGAUUGUGUAUGUGAAGCGGUCGGUGAUGGUGUUGGAGCCGAUGAGUGAUCCGUCGGAUGCGAUUAGGGAGGGUGUGGAGAAGGGGAAGUUUAGGGUUGGGUUGAAUGAUGAGGCGAAGAAGAAGACGACGACGACGGCUGCGGAUGGGGAGAAGACGAAGAAGAAGAGGGAAUUGAAGAAGCCCAAGGGCCCGAAUCCGUUGAGUGUGAAGAAGCCGAAGAAGAGGGCGCCUGAGGGUACCACUGCCGGGAAGACGGAGAAGCCGAAGAGAGAGGCGGAGGAGAGACCUGCUGCGGAGGAAAGAGAGGGCGAGGAUGGUGAUGCUGCGCCGAAGGCGAAGCGCAGACGUCGUCAUCAUAAGGGCGGUGCUGGAAAGAUAGAGGGUGAUGGUGAGGGUGGUGCGGAGGCUGUUACUGCUGCUGCGCCGGCUGAUGCCAUGGAUGAUUGA